CGAGAAGCUGCGCUAAUCCCCGGGAGGCCAGUGCGCAUGCGCGUCUCUCAGCAGCAGCAGCGCAGGACAGAGGGAUGCAGCAAAGAUCCAGCUAAUGCUCCCGAGUCUCCCAUCAUCGCCCCACGCUCCAGCCUCUCUCUCCUCAUCCCUGGCCGGACUGUGAGCGGCGGCGGCAAGAUGCCAGGGGAAGGGGCAGCGCACACUGAGGCACAAGCAGGAUUAUCACCGUUUGCUUCCACUGCCUCAACUCCUAGUGGUGACUCCACAACGCCCAAAGUUUUAAGUCCGCUGCGAGAUUGUCUUCUGCUGAGCCCAGAACACGAUGCAGAAAAAGACCUGGAAUCCUCAUAUCUACAAGGCAAGGAAGUAGACAGGCCUCAGCCUGAAGGGGCAAGCAGUGAAACUCCUCCAGGGGGUUCCACCGCUAUUCAACACCUGGCCUUUGAGGUGUCUAAGGAACCUGAAGAGCAAGAGAGUGAAGAUAUUCACAAAGAACAAAUCAGCACUGAGGUACUAAGGCCGGACAUGCUCGAUACUAGAAUUGUGAUGGGUGAAGAGACCUCUUGUGACAGUGAGGAAACAGGCACUGUAAAUAAACUGCUUGGCCUUAUUACUGAACAUGAAUCUGUUUCAUCAGAUACUUUGGAAGAUGAGGGCUUCUCAUGUAAUGCAAAAGCUGAACUUUCUGGACAGGUUUUUGAGCAACUUGGCACUAAACAAUUUUUUGUGUCAGAUCCUUCUGAUGAAAUGCACUUGGAAUAUAAUGAGUCUACAAAUGAUUACUCUUUGAAGGAAAGUUUCUUUUCACAGGGUGAAGCAGUAACUGAUGUGCCUUCAUUAUUUCCGGAAUCCACCAAAGUGUCACCCUGCAAUUUGACCGAGUGCGAGAUGCAAUCGUCACAAAAUAGGCAUGCAUACAAUGUAGAUUCAGACCGCUACACUACUGCUCCUUCCACUCCAAUCAAAACCCUCUAUUCACACCUUAAGCACCCUCCUUGUUCAAAAGACAGUCUCGGAGAUGACCAAAAUGACCCAGAGAAUGAUAGUUUAUGUUCUCCUCCGACCUCGCCCUCUGGAUCCUAUAUUACUGCUGAAGGUAGCAGCUGGGCUUCUUCAGCUGCUUCUGGCUCUCCAUCAUACUCUCCAAAUUUGAUGGCUGAAGGAGAAACAAUGGAAACUUCCACUAAUUUUGCAGACCCUUCAACUACACAUGAGGAAGGUAUUUGCGAAGAUCCAUGCUGUAUGUCUCCUGACAUACUAGAAGAAGAAGAUGAAGACAUCCCGGAAUUUUAUGAUCAUAAUUUAGAAGCUGAAGACAUUUUUGUCACCAAUGAAGAGGUCAUCAAUGGAGAUCAAAGUGUUGUCCAAUCUAGUGAAGAAGAAGAAGAUGAUGAAGAUGAAUGGGAAACAGAUUUUGCACCAUCAUUUACCAGUAUUCCACUCUGCACAGAGUACAUUAGCACAGUUGCUUCAGAAUCUUUCUCUCCAUCUUCUUAUGAGCAUGACCAGGAACCUCUGUCCAUUGAGAGCUGCUCUUCAGAAACCCAUGGAUCCCUACAGGCAGCGAACACAGAUGCACUGCAUUCUGAGAUAUCAGGUGUCAUCCCACAGUGUGUUGAAAAUGAUCACAUGAUUCCUGCUUUCAUGCUACCAUUCCAUGGAAGUUUAAUAUUUGAGGCAGAGUCAAUGGAAAUCACCUUGUUCCCUCAAGGAGAGUCAACAGAGAGUGAGGUGGUGUAUGGGGAAGAGGAUGAUGACAGCACCUCUGCCUCCUUUCUUCAUUCUUUGUCAGAGACUUCCAUAAAUGAAGGGGUAGAUGAAUCCUUUGCUUACCAAGAUGACACAUCAGAGUCUUCAGAUUCUGCAUCUUAUGAUGGAGAAGAGGAUGAGAAGCGGUACAGCACAGAAGAGUAUGCUGUGACAAAUGAUUCUGCUUCCCAAAAUGUAGAGGGUCCUGUAGAAACCAAAAGCAACUCUUUAGAUUCUAGCUGUGAGAGUGAGAUGGAGACAUCUUCUGAUCUGACUGAUGAUGGUGAAGUUGGAGUUCCCUUGAAUACUGAAGAUCUUCAAAAAGGAAUAGAACAUGUUGUGGAGAAGGUGAGUUCCAGAUUUGAGACUGGCCCUCAGGAAAGUGCAAGUGAGGCUGAAGACUCUGAUACAUACAAUGUUACUGAGCAAAUUUCAGACUCUCAUAUUAGGAGCUCUGUUCCUGAGACGGAAUCUCAGUAUUUGUGUGCUACACAGAAAAGGGAAGAAAAGCAAUUGAGGUCAAGGCCUGAAAGCCCAGUAGGACAACAGUCUACAUCAUCAGGAUUAGAUGUUCUGAAUGCAGGGACUGAUAAUGUUGAUGAAUGCCUGAUUGCAUGUUUUGAUACAGAUGAAGAGCUGGAUUCUUUACCCCCUCUGAACACAAUGACAGAGAGUAUUAGAGCAAACAGUCAGCAGCAUGAGCAAAGUGGAAGGCAAUCAUCACUAGCUAUUAAUGUGACCGAAGAUGUAUAUCAGUUCUCCCCUGAGGGUGAAGAUGAUGGAUCAUUUGAAGAAGAUGAAGUACAAAGUAAUGUGAAUGUGGCAGAAGCCUCCAAGACAGAAGCUACUUCAUUGUCUUAUAUUCUGGAGACAACUGACAAAGAAAACCAAGACAUGAUCUUGUCAAAUGUAGAAAAGUUUUCUGAAUAUACAUUGUCUCAAGAUGCCCAAAAGAGCAGAGCAGAGGAAUUGGCUGAAGAAGAGUGUUUAUUUGCCUGCUAUGACUCUGGAGAUGAACAAGAAGAUGUCAGUUCUCUUGACCGGCAGGCUAUACUUGCUCAGAUAUACAGACAGCAAACAGAAGUUGAAGUCAACUAUAUUAUAAACCAAAGCGCCUGUGGCUCAGAUUCUAUCAUGUCUGCAGGUUUUGUGGAAGAAACCAUGGCAGAAAAAUCAUACCAAGCUCCCAAAGAUUUAUUGACAGAGCCAACUUCAAUGGAUUAUAGUCAUGCCCUUUUUAAUAAUCAGACAGAAUCAUCUCUGAAAAUGGACACUCAAGCUUGUCUAAUAGAUUUGCCCUGUGAGAUAAGAGAGGGACAAAUAAAGUCCACAUCUGGGGCAGAACAUGAUAAUAUUACAUUACAAAGCAACCCUACACCCACCAGUCAUUUCCAAUCAGAGAAAAGCAGACCAGACCUGAAAGAAAAUAUGGAGGUUUGCAAUGACGAAAAGCCAUGUGUACAAGAAUCACAUAUACACUCAUCAGCUACUGGACUAGCAGAUGAUGAGAAAGGUCCAACUAAAUUACAGGUUGAAGUUGAGCAUUUAGAUCCAAGGACUGUAUCUUCAGAGCACUGUGUAAAUAAUGUGAUGAUUCCAAAUAUAAUGGACAAAUGUCCAUAUGUUGUGAAGACUGAAGAGUGUGGCAAAAAUUCUGACAAGCAUUCUGAGGUCACUCUAAUUACCAGUUCAUUGAAACAGAAUAUUUGCAAUGAGAGAGAGGUACAACCUGGAAAUAGGAGUCAAGGUGAACAUGGAGCUGUCAGUGUAGGUGUUGAACACCAUGUCUCCAAAACAAACCCAGAACAAGAGCAUGCUGCAGACAAUAUACCAGUGCAUAGUGAUAUUGACAACUCAGUACAUGUUCAGGAUGAUAUUGAACCCACCUCACAAGUACCCCACAAAUUCCUUACAAGUACUUCACAUGUAGAUAAUGAAAACUUUCCUAGCCCUAAUUCUCUUUUAGAUAAAAAAGAAAAGUUUGAUAAAGAUAUAAGAAAUACUUGUUCUCUGUCCAGCCAGCCUUCAUGCAUGGAAGUCAAAGGCAGCAGAGAAGUGAAUACAGAGGAUGGCCCUGAAGAGCUGCUAGAUAUAAGCUCAAGUUCAAAGGAUUGUGCAGGGAGUACAAGAAACACAAACAGUACACUGGAAGGGGAGGACACGAGUCAAUAUCUCCGACCCUGUUCCCCAGUCUAUGAGACUGAAACCUCACAGACCCUAAAGAUAUCCAAAGAGUAUAAUAGACAGAGCAAAGAAGAUGGUGAUGACGCUCUCUCAUUGACACAUAGUGAUGCUUUACUUUUUGAAUAUAAUCAUAAUAAUCCAGUGGACACCUGUGAUAGUGUUUCUAAAGGAUCCAAGGAACAGAGAACAAAGGAGGAAAGGAGAACUAAGGAAGAAUACAGUUUGGGGUUAUUGGUUGUGAAUCAAACCCAGGAGAGAGAUUCUCAAAAGUGUUCAGGUGACUUUUUGGAGACGGCUGAAAAACUUGGAACAAAACAGACAGAGCUGUUCAGUGACAUUCAAGAAAUGGCACAAUUACUGCAAGGAUCCUUUGGUAAAUUGAACCAUCUGGAUCUUGGUGUUCGGUCUGCCAGUACAGAAAAAGUGGUAUCAAAACCUAGGGUCAGCAUUGAAGAAAUGGAUGUGAAUAACAAGUUAAGGUCCGAUUUACCGGUAGAUGAGCAGAGUCAGGGUGAAAAAUGGCAACCUACAAAGAAAGUCCACGUUUGUUCACAUGAGGGUGGAACUGAUGUUCAGAAGAAAAAAUGUCCAUUAAGUGAGGAGCAUGGCCACGAGAGCAUUACCACCAGUUCACAGAGUACAUGGCCAGUUCCCUCUAACGGAGACGAGGCACGGAUGGGUAAAAGAGAAAAUGAUGACGAUCAAAGUAGGUCAGGUGAAACCAUGUCUUUGGAAUUCAAAGACGAACCUGAGCCACCCAGUGUAUCAGAAAGCAACAUUCCUGACAGAGGUCCAAGUAAUGGAUCAAUAGAUGAAGUGGAAUCCAGUUUCCUUAGUAGGACGCAAGAUGAGAAGGGUCAAUGGGAAAUGCCACACCCUGUUAAAUUGGUGGACUCAGAGCAUAAGUAUCAUCUGCAUGGGAGCCCCAAGCCUGGGCCUCUUACCCACAAUCCUUCAAACAGUGAUAACCCUUCUGAGUAUACCUGCUUUAGCAUAAAUAAAGUGCCUCCACCAAUCUGCUCCAUGCCUGACUGCACUGCGCAGGAGAAGAAGAAAGCUGAACAAAUUGCAUCUUCCAUAGAGACCACAAGGGAACCUGAGAAAUUGUUCUUUGGAAUGGAUCACAACAAAACCCUGUCAGUUCUUCCUCAGUCCACUUGCAAGACCCCAGAAGUGAGUAGCAAGUGUCAUGGAGGGAAUUAUGAAGAACCUGUGGGGAAGAAAAGCCUCCUCACUUUUCAUCCGUCUGAACUCAGCUCUUCCAGUGAGAGUGAGCUGACUUCCUGCGGGCCGGAGAUGCCUUCACUUAGGGAAACAUCAGCAGUGACCCUCCUUGGUAUCACCAAGCCAGGCCCCAGGCAGAGAGGCUGUGAGUCGCUUAGUCACAGAGGUUCCUGCAAUGACUCCGAGAGCAACGAUGAAUCGCUUCCGGAACUUGAGGAGCCAGAUGUAACAGAGCCACGGACUUCAUCCAGUCAGAACCAGCUGGCUCACUGUGUGGCCCCGGGGGAGGAAUCGAUGAGCAAAGCCAAGCAGAGCCGCAGUGAGAAGAAAGCCAGGAAGGCCAUGUCCAAGCUGGGGCUCCGGCAGAUACACGGGGUCACCCGAAUCACCAUCAGGAAGUCCAAGAACAUUCUGUUUGUCAUCACGAAGCCGGACGUGUUCAAGAGUCCCGCCUCCGACAUCUACAUUGUGUUUGGGGAGGCCAAGAUUGAAGACUUGUCGCAGCAAGUGCACAAGGCAGCGGCCGAGAAGUUUAAAGUCCCCAUGGAACAUUCCCCCCUGAUCACCGAGACCACACCCACCCUGACAAUAAAAGAGGAGAGCGAGGAAGAAGAGGAGGUGGAUGAGACGGGCCUGGAGAUGCGAGAUAUAGAACUGGUGAUGGCGCAGGCCAACGUAUCGCGUGCCAAGGCCGUGCGGGCGCUCAGACACAACAACAACGACAUUGUAAAUGCCAUCAUGGAACUAACCAUGUAGCAGUCAGUGUGCCCUCCAGCUCCUCACUCUGUAUAGACCCACAGUUACUCAUAAACUCCAGCUCCAUGUUAGACCUGCAUUUAUUCCUACUAGGCUGCAACUUACAGCGCUACGCAAUAAACUGCCUGAUAAUCCCAA